CACUUGCUCCUCAUCUCUCUGUUCGCUCUUAUUCAUUUCUGUGUAUGGACAAGGAGGGCUAACAUGGACUCUUUGGGUCUUUUUAUCCUUCUUAUGUCUCUGUGUUUCCAGUGGACAACUGCCCCUGCUGCUGAGGAAGUUACCUGGACCUACACUGGCUUGGUGGGUCAGUCCGAGUGGUCAACGUAUUUCCCUGACUGUGGUGGUACCUCUCAGUCCCCCGUUGAUGUGGUAACCACCCAGACUAAAUAUGACCCCAAUUUGAUUCCUCUGACCCCGCUGGGCUACAGCCAGCACGGCAACAAGCCCUUCACGCUGUACAACAACGGACACACAGCCGUCAUUGAGCUACCAGACUGGAUGGGACUGGGGGGGCUGCCCUGGCUCUUUACAGCUGUUCAAAUGCACCUCCACUGGGGCAGCGGUGGCCCAAGUCAUGAGGGCAGUGAACACACCAUCAACGGACUGAGUGCAGAUGCAGAGCUACAUGUGGUGCACUACAACUCUGAGCUCUACCCCAACAUGUCCACAGCAAUGACGCAGAGGGACGGCUUGGCUGUUUUAGGAAUUCUCAUUGUGACAGGUGAGGAGACAAACCCGGCAUUUAACAACAUCCUCAACUACCUGAGCCGCAUCAGACAUGCUGAUCAGAAGGUGUCCAUCCCGGCCUUUGACGUCCAGUCGCUCCUCCCUAAGGAUCUAGGACGCUACUAUCGCUACAACGGCUCCCUAACAACGCCGCCCUGCUACCAGAGUGUGAUCUGGACGCUGUUCAAUGAGAGGGUCCAAAUCUCAAAGGCACAGCUGCUGAAGAUGGAGACGAUACUGUACUCCAGUAAAGCUGAAGAUCCAGACAGGAUGCUGCUGCAGGACAACUACCGGGCGACACAGCCGCUCAACCACAGGGUCGUCUUCGCCUCCUUCAGUGCAGAAUCAGGGAAGGAGCUCUCUUCGGGUGAAGUCACAGCUAUAGUAAUAGGAGUGAUGUGUGGCUGUGUAGGUCUGGCAGUAAUCAUUCGCUUCAUCGUGAAGACGAUACGCUCUACCUCUAGCUGGGACGUUCUACACAGUAACCGGCCUGCUUCUAUGUCAAGGAUGAAGGAGCCAGAGAAAGGGAAAAAACAAGACAUGGCUCUGAACUCGACCUCUGAAGCAGAAAAGAAAGAAGAGCCUUCACCUUCUCUUCAGACUGAGCCCUAGCUGACGGCGCGGUCCACUUCAGGGCUUCAGCCCACACGCUUGCUAAACACUGUUUCAUCUCGCCAAUGAUGUCACCACUGAUCCAUGUCUCCUUGGGGGACAAACAGGAAAUAAACAUUUUAUAUCGUAAACUGGACACAGGACAAAUCACCUGCUACCCUGAUCAAUUCACUGUUUCCAGGAUUGUUUCCCUACCUAAAUUCAGUGAUGUUUGCAGUCUUGGUAUCAGAUGGGGUUCUUUUUUUUUUUUUUCUUUUCAGUUUGCACAUGAAGCACUUGGUGUAAAUACGUCAGUCUGCUGGCUCUGAGUCGUAUGUUUGCUCUUGCAAAUGCCUGGGAUGCAUGAUUGGUUCAUGUAAAUACUCUGUAAAAUAUACUUUGUUGAUUUUUUUGUUCCACGUUUGGCCGUUAUUUCUUCUUCCUGCCUUGAAGCACACUGCACUGUAUGACAUGUAAUAGAAACAUUAUUUACCUGUUGAUUUAUACCCAAUGUAAUAUUAUUAUUUUCUUUUGUCCCUGGACUUGAGCACUGACACACAGAAGUUCCUAUCAAAUGAAUAAAAAUCUAUGAUGAAGGUCUUAAGGGAUUUAAAGUGUUGAGUAUAAACUGCUGCUGUCCAAACAUUAUGUUUCUGAACCCGAUUUAGUGCAUUAUACUGUAAAUGGAUGAGUUAUAUUUAUGUACAUGUGUUCAUUCUAUUGGAAAAAGUGAUUUUGGUGCCAUAAAUCAUAUUUGAUUUUUUUUCUCUGUACAUAACUCGUCAACAUGGGCACCUGAUUAAAAUACUUGAAUGGCAA